GGUGCCGCCUGCCGGGAGGGGGAGGGCGCACGGGAGGAAGGAGGAAGCCGCCAUCUUGGAGCGUCGAGUCGCCAUAACAAGGCACCGGGGGAGCAAGAGGAUUUUGUACCUGGGAGAGAGGGAGCGCGGCUGGUGGCGAUUGAAGCAAGUGAAUUCUGAUAUAACUCAACUUCAAUAGAGGGCUUUUUUUAAAAAAAAAAAGUUGUUCCACAGUGCAUCAGAGCAAGUUACUGCUUUACUUUUGAGUGACUUACAGGUGCUUGCCUGCAUUGCAAUAAAGGACUCAUAUAUUGAGCAAGACUUAUUUAUCUCUUCAUUUUGGAGAGUCUAAUAAACUGUUAUUACAGUUUCUGUACUGACUUUCAAAGUUUUGAAGUCUAAAAAGACAUCUUUAAAGAUAAAAGCAUGAGCACGGCCAGAACAGAGAACCCUGUUAUAAUGGGUCUAUCCAGUCAGAAUGGGCAGUUGAGAGGCCCUGUAAAACCCAGCGGGGGCCCAGGAGGUGGAGGCACACAAACUCAGCAACAGAUGAACCAGCUGAAAAAUGCCAACACAAUCAAUAAUGGCACUCAACAGCAAGCACAGAGUAUGACCACCGCUAUUAAACCUGGUGAUGACUGGAAGAAGACUUUAAAACUCCCUCCAAAGGAUUUGAGAAUCAAAACUUCGGACGUGACCUCCACAAAAGGAAAUGAGUUUGAAGAUUACUGUUUGAAACGGGAGUUGCUGAUGGGAAUUUUUGAAAUGGGCUGGGAAAAACCAUCUCCUAUUCAGGAGGAGAGCAUCCCCAUUGCUUUAUCUGGUAGGGAUAUCUUGGCUAGAGCAAAAAAUGGAACGGGCAAGAGUGGAGCCUACCUCAUUCCUUUACUUGAACGGCUAGACUUAAAGAAGGACAAUAUACAAGCAAUGGUGAUUGUUCCCACCCGUGAACUAGCCCUGCAGGUCAGUCAAAUCUGUAUCCAAGUCAGCAAACACAUGGGAGGUGCCAAAGUGAUGGCAACAACAGGAGGAACCAAUUUGCGAGAUGACAUAAUGAGACUUGAUGAUACAGUACAUGUGGUGAUUGCAACCCCUGGGAGAAUUCUCGAUCUUAUCAAGAAAGGAGUAGCAAAAGUUGAGCAUGUCCAGAUGAUAGUAUUGGAUGAGGCAAAUAAGUUGCUGUCUCAAGAUUUUGUUCAAAUAAUGGAAGACAUUAUUCUCACGCUACCUAAAAACAGGCAGAUUUUGCUCUACUCAGCCACUUUUCCGUUGAGUGUGCAGAAGUUCAUGAAUUCCCAUUUGCAAAAACCCUAUGAAAUUAAUCUGAUGGAAGAACUGACCUUGAAGGGAGUUACUCAGUACUAUGCCUAUGUCACUGAGCGUCAGAAAGUGCACUGCCUCAAUACACUCUUUUCCAGGCUCCAGAUUAACCAGUCGAUCAUUUUCUGCAACUCCUCUCAACGGGUUGAAUUGCUAGCCAAAAAGAUCUCCCAGUUGGGCUAUUCCUGCUUCUAUAUCCAUGCUAAAAUGAGGCAGGAGCACCGCAAUCGGGUAUUCCAUGAUUUCCGAAAUGGCUUGUGCCGCAAUCUUGUUUGCACUGAUCUGUUUACUCGAGGUAUUGAUAUCCAGGCUGUGAAUGUGGUGAUAAACUUUGAUUUCCCAAAGCUGGCAGAAACUUAUCUCCAUCGCAUUGGCAGAUCAGGUCGCUUUGGUCAUCUUGGCCUGGCCAUCAAUUUGAUCACCUAUGACGAUCGAUUCAACCUGAAAAGUAUUGAGGAGCAGUUGGGAACUGAAAUUAAACCCAUACCAAGCAACAUCGACAAGAGCUUGUAUGUGGCAGAAUACCACAGUGAACCUGUAGAAGAUGAGAAACAGUAAACAUAUAGGCUUUGAUUACAUAUGCCAGAAGGUGAAGCCCUAUGAUCCAGAUCUGUGACACAUCGUUUCUUUGGGGAUACCCUUCUCUUUGUGGGUUUUUCUUCAUCUUUUCAUUUUGGAACUAUGAAGACUAAAGAGCUCAGCCUUUUUUUCUCUUGAAAUUUGGCAGCAAGGAAGAAAGAAGAUAAAAGGAAGAAUGUCUUUUUGUUUUUCCACUUGUUUGCACUGUGUGCUGAUUGAACAUUAGUUGCACUAACUGCUGGUUUUAAAUUUUGUUUUCUUUGGGCGGGAGGGACAGCAAGGGAAGAAGAGAAACCCUGAAAAGAGAAGAAUCUUGAUGAACACGAGCUUGUCUGCUAUUUCAAAUUCUUUAACCAUUGACUGAGUGCAUUUCAACUUCUCCCUUGUUACUCAUCUGUUUUUUAAGCUAAAGAGCUUAUUACUUAUUCGUGCAAAGUGCCUUAUGCUAUGAGACCAUUCAGAAUAUCACCUUUCUGACAACAGCCCAAGGAAUCAACAUCUAUUUUUGGUUUCAGGUCAAAGUUAUCCUCUCUUCCCCUUCCCCUCCUUCCCAUAUACUCAAGCCCAGGGCUGGGAGGUGAAAUUUAUUGGUUAUUGGUAAUACUACUAUUUUCUUCAACUUACUCUUUUUUUUUUUUUUUUUUUUUUUAAAUUGGAGGAGUUGAUAUGCAUCUGCAGUUCACCCAAACUGUAAAUAUCUGUAUUUAAAAUGAAACCAACGUAAAAUCUGGGCUGAUUAGGUGCAGCAUCGUAGCUCCAGAAGGAAAGAGCAGCCUGUGAUCCUUUGCAGGAGCCAUAAGAAAAGCCCUGUGCUCUAGCAGAACACUAAAGACUGGUUUCCAUGAGUCUUCAUUAGUAGUUGCAGCACUUGAUAAGUAGACUUGUUUCAGAGCCAUGGCCCUCUUUCUUCUGGUGCAGUGUGUCCCAUAGAAAAUCAGAUGUGUAUAUUGUACAAACUUUGUAAAUAUGAUUUUUUUUUCUGUU